ACCAACCUCAAACGACAUCAAGCAACAAUGCAUCGCAACGCCUUUCGUUCGGUGUGUAGCCGAACAAGGCCCGAGCUCGAGCAGGCCUCCGAUGCUCUUCGAAGCUGCAUCCGCCAAUUCUCUACGACGCAAUUGCAAGCCGCCGACGACAAUGGCCCCAGCCACGCAGCGAACCGCCCUCCCCACAGCCGAUCUCAUGCUGCCACAACCGAGAUCAAUUCCUUCGCCCGAUCUCGCAGCCCCGUUCGACCUGGCCCCGCGGCCUCUGGCCCGGCGGGCGGACCCCGAGUCCUCGAUGUGAAGAGCCUUCCUAGAUUAUCGCUCCGUGGCCGUGGGAAUUUCCGUGGACGUGGGUUACGAGGAGGAAGCGCCCCCCAGGGCGACCGUCCUUCAAGGGGCCGUGGUGGUUUUGCCCCUAGAGGUGACUUCGGUGCUCGGGGUGGCUUCGGCAAUCGAGGUGGCUUCAGUGCCAGAGGCUCUAGAGGUGGUAGAGGAGGGAGAGUAGGCAGAGGCGGCCGAGGUGGUAGGGGACGUGGUGGAGCGAGGGGUAUGCAGGGACGGCGCCAGGAAGGUGACGAGAAGGACCGCAAGACUCGAGGAGACGAGUUUGCGCGAUUGGAUCCCGAUGAGCAGGCCUUCGACGACAGCAUCCGUUUCGGUGUGGCCUCCCAGUAUACCCCGUCUCUGACGCUUGAGUCUCUCGCCGACUUUGCGCCCGUCGCACCCUCCAGCUCCGCCGGCAAUUCGGCGGCCGUCCUACAGAACCUCAGCGUCCUCGGCACAGCCGACCACGUUGGGGCCCCCCAGGCCUUCCAGGCCCGUCACUACGCCGCUGAGAUUGAGGCUGGCGGCAUGCGCUUCUUCGCCGACACCCAAGCCCGGGCCGUCGCCGAGGAGUACCUCCAACAGAAGAACAAGCCCGCCGAGACCACUGAGGCCGCCGAGGGCGAGGGUGAGGCUCCGGCCGCGACGCCCACGCCCAUCAUCACCGGCGCCGAGGAGGCUAUCCGCAAGGUCAUCCUCGAAAAGGCCGUUAUGGGCCAGCACGAGACGCCCAAGUUUGCUAUGGACCCCACUGGCUUGUCCCGCUCGUGGCACCUCCGCGCCGAGACUUACACAACCAACGAUGUCAAUGCGUUUGAGAACAAGCUGACGUCGCUGUUGGCCAAGAGGGGAGGAAAGCCGGCAGGGAAGGCCAAGGCAAACGCUUGAUGAUAAAUAAAGAGAAAUCGAGAGGGAUCUAGAGAGGAAA